AUGUCCACGUCUUGGAAACCUCAGUACCGCCAUACCCCUCCUUGCCAACAGCAGCGCAAAGAUGAGUAUCUCGGCAUGUCCCCCGACAUCUUUGGCCUCGUGGCUGGUAUAUCUGUUGCGUUACUCCUAGCAGCUAUGUUCCUUUUUCCAAUGUACUACAUGGAGAAGCACGAGCAGCGCGGCGAUAAGAAAAAGAGCCAAAGGACACUGCUGCGUUCUAAAGGAAAUGGCAGUUACGGAGAUGCCAUGUCCUUUGACAUCACAAUUGGUGCCACGAGAAUCACCCACUCUCAAGGUUACCCAAGCACCAAAUCAGAAUUGAAGGCAGCCGAAACCCUAAUCAACGGGCUCGCCACCUUGCUGAACCAGAGUCUCAAAUCUGGUACACCUGGAAUGGACGACCCGUCUCCACCUACGACUUCCUGUCCAUCUCUGCCGCGGGAGCAGGGACGUUCGACGCCUCUCUCACCACCUUGUGUGUGCAGCUCUUCGAGAUCCCCCAAGGGUGAGGAAUCGGCAUCCGAACCCUCCAAGGUUGGUCAAGACGUAGAUGAGCCGUCUCGGAAGCCAGACUCUGAUGGCGGUCUCUCAAAUGUGCUGGCCAAGAAGCUUGCUUGCCCGUUCUAUCAACACGAUCCCGACGGACAAUUCCGAAAGACCUACUGUACAGGGCCUGGAUUUUCCAGCGUGGAUGAAGUCAGACAACACAUUUACGACCACCACAUAAUACCCUUCUACUGCCCCCGAUGCGCCGCAGUAUUCUUUUCCGAGAACAGCCUUCAUAAUCACUUGCUGGAACCGAUAAAAUGUGAGCUGGUCUCAACCGUGUUGCCUCUGGGAUGCACCAGACAGCAGAGAAAAUUUCUGCGAAGACGAAUCCAUGGAACCCAAGAACAGCAGUGGCGUGCCAUCUACGGUAUCCUAUUCCCUGUUGAGCCGAGCGAAGACAUGCCGUCUCCGUACUUUGAAGACGCCCCAUUGAAUACCGAUAUCAGUGACAAGAAAGAAGAGAGUGUCAACAAUGCGCAGCAACAGCAGCACUUCCGCCUCCAGCUUCCACACGUCCUGGACCGACGCUUGGUCGAGAACCCAACCAAUUCGGAAUCGGAAACUCCGACAGCGGAUUCGACGACACGGAAACGACGCGGGGAGAACGGGGACGGGGCCACCGUCGACGUGGUACGGGGCGCCCAGAAGGAACUGUACCGGAACUUCCGUCCCAUCCGACAACUAACCAUUGAGGACUUCUACGACUCUGCGCCGCUGUCACCUGGUGCCCCGGCCGACGAGACUGCAAACCCGGCCCAGCCAGACGAGUCGAGAGAGCGGCAUCAUUCGCAUGAUAGUUCUGACUUUGGGGUGCUGACCGAGUCUUCUAGGUCUGGGUCUAUUCAGUCAAGCGGGUUUGUGUACGCGUCUGACGAGUUUUCUAAGACGGCACCGACAGAAGCCGGCAACGGCAACAACGUCAACGAAUCCGAACCGUGGCGAUUAACCUUUGAGUCUGCUAGUCUUACAAAUUCUCUCCUUUCUCUCAAUCGCCGAACCGUCUUCCUCCCGGACCCCAAACCGACUCCAUAUCUUCGCCUUGCCGCCUACUACACGACAUCACCGUCUAAGCGAUCGAGCCGAACGAACCCCUCCACACCUCCGCACCUCACAAUGGAAGACGUCCCCCUCGAGCACGGCUCCCCAGAGCACCUCCUCCCGCCCAGCUGGAAGACAAUGGUAACAGCCUGGCUCGCCGAAGACACCCCCUCCUUCGACUACGGCGGCUUCGUCGUCGGCGCCGCCCCGCGCACCGCAACCCUCUGGGGCAAAUCAGGCGGCAUCGUCGCCGGCCGGCCCUUUGUCGACGAGGUCUUUGCGCAGUGCGGCUGCACCGUCGAGUGGCACGUCAAGGAGGGCUCCCACGUCGAGCUCCGCGGCCACGGAGACCAUAACACAAAGGGCAAGAUGCGCGUCGCGACCGUCUCGGGGCCCACACGCGGGAUCCUGUUGGGGGAGCGGGUGGCGCUGAACACGCUUGCGCGGUGCUCUGGCGUGGCGAGCAUGACGAGGGGUAUGUUGGUGAAUUUGAGGGCGGCCGGGUAUGCUGGUGUGCUGGCGGGUACGCGCAAGACGACGCCUGGGUUCCGGUUGGUGGAGAAGUACGGUAUGCUUGUGGGCGGUGCGGACGCGCAUAGGCAUGAUUUGAGUUCGAUGAUUAUGUUGAAGGAUAAUCACGUCUGGAGCAAGGGGAGCAUCACGAAUGCGGUCAAGGCGGCCAAGAGCGUGGGCGGGUUCAGUUUGAAGGUCGAGGUUGAGGUGCAGAGCGAGGAGGAGGCGGACGAGGCGAUUGCGGCCGGGGCGGAUGUUAUCAUGCUGGAUAACUUUACGGGCGAGGGGGUCAAGAUUGCGGCCAAGAGCUUGAAGGAGAAGUGGGCGGGGAAGAAGUACUUCUUGGUCGAGGUCUCUGGCGGGUUGACGUUGGAAAACGUUGAGAACUAUGUGUGUAAUGACGUUGAUAUUGUUUCGACGAGUGCCAUUCACCAGGGCGUACCACACGUGGAUUUCUCACUCAAGGUUGAGCACUAG